AUGAAUUUGGUGAAUAUUGCGAAACAUCUCCAUUUAACACAAUUGGAAUUUUGCUCUGAAGACUCACCAACAAGUGCUGAUGAAACUUUUGCUUCACAACAAUUAUUCGAAAUUUUAAAGACAUUUGAAGAUGGAUACUUUCAUGAACUAUAUACUUAUCAAAGUCUCGAUUUUCAUGAUGAAUAUGAUGAAACUACGGAUGAAGAAGACAGUGCUGAUGAAGAAGAAUUAACUGAUGAAGAACAAAAUAUUGGUGACUAUGAUGAAAAUGAAUCAUUGGAGAUCCAGACUAAUUUCACAUUAGAAGAGAUGGAAAAGAUAGUGGAAUGGGUUGUUCAACAUCCAAAUUAUAAAUUUGCAUCUAUUAAGAAUAGAUUUCGAAAAGAAAAGGAAAAUGAAUUCGGUAAAAGAGUAGAAAAAGAUUUAAUUGUACCACCAAAUGUCGUAGUACGGGCUUCAAAAUCUGGAAAAAGCAACGAUGAAAAACAUCGCAUUUUUUUAAAUGCAGUUCUACGUGCUUUGGUUGAUAGAAAAUUCCUUAUUUUCCUUGAUUGUUGGACAACUCAAGCUGAUCUAAAAAAAUUUAGAGCAUUAUUUCCACAUCAAGACAGUCAGUUAUUAAUUUUUCCGAAAGGUUCAACUGGUUAUAUUUAA